AUGUACUGCACUCUACAGGGCACGAGUGAGAACGCGCAAAUUUCAGCACGAGGGAGGCUGAUAGAGACAGCCAAAGUCGACGGUUGGCCGGAGACGUUUAUGCUGCUUUUCAGGACUGUCGUUGCCAGUACUGAGCGCAUUGUCAACCAGAUGGAGGAUGGGCUCAACAAGGCGCGGGGGGAAAGGCUUUUGAAGCUGUUCACUCGCUCCAUGUUUUACUGUGGGGAGGUCAGGCUACAAGCCGACAAUCGUCUGCUAGUUUCUGGCAUCAGCAUUGCAGGUUCUACUGUAGAUGGCGAGAUCUGCCCCCUGCUUCAUCAUCGCGUGUCUGGAGAUCGGUCAAGACAGCAG